GUUUAUCGGCAAUUUUAACGGCUGAAAAACUGUGCAAGCAUAAGAAAAAAUGUUGAAAACAACGCUCAGCUCUGUUUUAUGCCUUAUUGUUAUCGCUAAUCAUUUCUCUAAUGGAUUUCCAACUGGAAAUGACGAAUACCGGUUUAUAGAGCGAGAUUAUGCUAGUCCUGGCGCCCAUCAACUAGCCAGCUGGUUGGCCUACCAGCUGCGCCCCAAAGAGUUCAUUCCUCCAAUGGAAGUUCCAGUCAUUCCCUACCGCCUCCCUUUGCACAACGGCAAAAGAAACUCCGAAGUGACCAACGCCAUGAUCAAUUCGGAGGAGACUCAAAAAAUGUACCGAGAUGGACGAAAGUAGAACUGAUUAAUUAAACCAGGAACUAUUUGUUAGACUCGCUAUUUAAUAUAGUAUUAUUAACACAA